UGAUAUAUCAUAUAAUCAUUUUAAAAUUAUUUACAUUUUGUUGUCUAGUAUUGUAUAUUUAGUCUAAAUAUUAAAAGGCACUAUAUAAAUUAUACACAUGGCACCUAAGUAGUCGCUAGUAACUUCAUGGUUCAAAAGCGCCGACUAGAGAGCAAUGAUAAAAAUGCAGGAGAUAAUCGCGUCGUUUGAGUUGCAGUUUGAUAUAAAACUGCUAAAAGUCGCUUCAAUACCACAUGCUGCAGAAAUUUGGACCAUGCCAAAUAUUGUGUUAAAAUACUAUUGUAUUGUAUCUCUUUAUUUGGAAUUAAUGUUGUAACAUCCAGGUAUUUUACAAAAGAAAAAAAUCAUAUUGCAGCAACAGAUGUAUCCAUUUAUUGAUAAAUCAUCGGACCCAGGAAACAGAUAUGGUAUGAUCCCUCCCCCCCGACUAAUGCACUUGGGUGUUCCAGUCCAGCCCGGGGCUCAUUUGGAAUCGAUAGGGUGACGGCAGACCGGAGCAAGGGGCAAAACACAUAUCUGGUAACGUCGGUGGUACCUACAUGGUGUAGAGACCGGCACGAUGUUCCACCGGAGCUGGUGUUUCUCGCCCGUGAACUUCACGGCGAACCGGAGCAUCAGCGGCGAGCAACUCCUGAAGCAGGGCUUCCUCCGGGAGCGGCUCGGCGCCUGUCGCAGCCUGUACCGCAAGGACCUCUUCGGUCACUAUGGAUGUGUCAACGCCAUCGAGUUCUCCAAUCAUGGCGGGGACUUUCUCAUUUCGGGCAGGAUCUUCUCAGCAGGUAAUGAUGAGCAAGUGAUUCUACAUGACACAGCCAGUCGGGAGACCAAGGACGUGUUUCGCCACGAGGACGCCGUGUACGGGCUCAGCGUCGAUCCCAACAACGACAACGUCUUUGCCAGCGCCUGUGAUGAUGGCAGGGUGCUCAUCUGGGACAUCCGCGAAAACCCCACAGCAGAGCCCUUCUGCUUGGCCAACUACACAUCAGCCUUCCAUGCCGUGGUAUACAACCCGGUGGAGCCACGGCUGUUAGCCACCGCCAACUCCAAGGAGGGCAUCGCACUCUGGGACAUCAGGAAGCCUCGCAGCUGUGUGCAGAGGUUUGGUGGCAGCCUGACCUCGGACAGCGCCAUGAGUGUGAAGUUCAACGCCCUGGGGACCCAGGUGAUGGGCCUGCGCCGCCGACUGCCCCCCGUCCUCUACAACCUGCACUCCGACACAGCGGCCUGCCAGUUCGACCACCCGGGGUACUACAACUCCUGCACCAUGAAGAGCUGCUGCUUUGCCGGAGACCGGGAUCAGUAUCUGCUGUCAGGGUCAGAUGACUUUAACCUUUACCUGUGGCGCAUACCAGAGGAUACAGAACUAGAACCUCGCGUAGUGACAGCUCACAUGGUGCUGAAAGGGCACCGCUCCAUCGUCAACCAGGUACGCUUCAACCCCGCCACUCACCUGGUGGUGUCCUCAGGCGUGGAGAAGGUCAUCAAGGUGUGGAGUCCGUUUAAGCAGCCCGAGUCGGGAGGACAGAUUGACCAGCAGGACAGCACGCCCCAGCGCAGCAUGUACACCCACGAGGAGUACAUCAGCCUGGUGCUGAACUCCGGCCAGGGCCUGUCCCACGACUACGGCCACCAGUCCGUGCAGGAGGACCCCCGCAUGAUCGCCUUCUUCGACUCGCUGGUGCAGCGCGAGAUCGAGGGGUGGAGCAGCGAGUCGGAGGACAGCCUGGAUCUGGACGAGGGGAUCUUCCGACCACUGCAGGAGCUGGCGGGGCUGGACAGCGACUCGGCAGGAAGAGCCACGGAACAGGCACAGGUGCUUGGCCCACGAAGUCCAGGAGACAGGCAGAGUGACACCAACUCCACAGACCGCCUGCUGUACGCAUCCAGCAGGACCAGUGAGAACACCGAGGGAACACCCCUGCACCCCAAGUCGCGAGAGUUUCUGUCAACCGACAGCGACUCUGACAGUGAUGAGCAAGCAGGCUCGACUGCGACGCAGCAAACCGCCAGGAACAACACCAGUCUACCCAGGAGACUACGGGUGCUGAUGUGGGGGGAUGGAGAAAGGGCAGAGGGGGCUGCAUCUGGCAGCAGGAGAGGGAGCAGCCCUGCACCCGACAGGGGGGUGACUGUUCCCGCAGGGGGCAGGAGGCGGGAGCUUGGUGAGAGGAGGGGAGUGACGUCCGUGUCUGAAGGGAGAAGGAGGGUUAGAUCUUCCACAGCCUCCAGCUCCGUGUCUGUUCGGCAUGAGCAGAGUGACAGCGACAGCGAUGCGGACAGGAGAGCAGCAGCCAUGAGGCAGAGGAACGCACGUAGGAGACUCAGCAGGACAAACGCAGCAUCGCAGUCCCACAGCGCCCCAGCUGCAACAACCAGUCAGACGGCGGGAACUUCCUUGCAGUCCUCUGAUGAUGGCAUUGCAAGCGCAACCGCCAACACGAAGGGUAAGGUCCAAACCACCUCAGCAGGGGAAAGCUUCGUGCCAUAUUCAGAUUCAGACUCCUCCGAGGAUGAACCCCUGAAGAAGCUGACGUGUACAGAGAAGGAAGUUGCCAGAACAAGGCCAGAAAGUCCUGGUCAUGGCUCUGAAGCUGUGCCCUGUAACCAGGUAGAGCAGUCCAUGGCACCAGAGGAACCAGUUUCUAACACAGGUGAGGAGGAGGAAAGGGCACCCUCAGCAACACACCAGCAGGUUGCAGGGGCUGCUGCAGGGGAUGCUGGUCCUGUUGCGGCACCUGCCAGAGAUGGUGGACAAGCUGGUGAUGCAGGAGGCGAGCAGCAGAGGGAGGAGCACCGCAGGGUCAACGGGAAGACGAUCGUCAUCCGCCACGACCCGGAGGAGACGGGAGAGGCCAUGCUGGAGCGGCUGCAGAACCUGGUGGAGCAGUACAACCAGGUGGUGGAGAGACACAACCAGUGGCGCAAUGCCCUGCGCCAGGCACAGGCAGGGGACGCAACCACGCAGCAGGCAGGCGGCAGUGGGGAGGGGGGCGCGCCCGAGCACAGCGCCCAAGGGGACAGCAGCUCAGCAGAGGGAAGUGCAGGAAGUAGACAGGAGAGUCAGGACUUGAGCAGGAGCGCUGGCCAGUCGGUUGGUCUUGAGGCAGCUUUUCAGACGAGUGGUGAUGAGAGUAUAACACACAGUAGCCUGCCGUCUGCUGCAGAACCACAGAUGAGUAGUGUAGGGAUGAUGCAGGGCUCACAAAGUGCUGCUGCAACAGUUUCAUGUGCCCCUGGACAGAGUAAUAGGUCAGCAUCAGGAAAUGCUAUUGGACAACACAGGGUAGUGGCGGAAGUCAGUAAGGACCUGAAGAAUGGGGACCUAGCGAACGGCUCAACAUUGGAGCGCGGUCAGCUAAUGGACACUAACAGUGUGGGUAAGAGACAGUCAGCUGCGACUGACCAUUCCUAUGGCAUGGACAGCUCAAGGAAAAGGUGUCACAAGGAACUAGUAGGGAGUAGCACAGAAACAACACAAAAUGAUGGACUUACAGCUGCCAAGAGAGGGAGAGUGUCCAGUGAUAAGACAGAACCGGACAGAUUACCAGUAUUACACGGUCAUGAACCAGACUUUCCGUGCACUGAUAACGGCCUGGCUGUGCCAAGAGCUCCAGAACUGCCAUUGUGUGCAGGGAAGGAGCCCCUACCCUCCAGUAGCUCCAAUGGUACAAUUUCCCACUCCGACAGUGGCACAGCAGCAACAAACUGUGCUCCCACAAACUCAGCUACUGGCUUAGACAGAACUGAGACUGAAUGGCACAAUUUUAGGAGAUUCAAAAACAGAUUGGAAAGAGCAAGAAAUCGUGACCAGGGGCAUCUGGGGGACAGUGACAGUGAUGAUGAUCUAUAGGGGACUUUCUAUCAUUUAAAUGAUGGUAGUCAGAUAAAUCCAUUUAACUCAGAGCUGUCUACAAUGUGCUGCAAUAUAAUGUUUAUCAAGUGGAUAUCAAGGAACAAAUUAUUUAAAGCAGUGUUUACAUCCAUACCUUUGAAGUAGCAAUCCUGUCACUUUGCUGUACAGAUUUUUUUUUCUAAAUAGACACCUCCCUGCAGAGAACUUCAGAAUAACCAGCAAGAUGAGUUGCCCAAAGUACAGUUCACCUUAUUAUGAAAACCGCUGUUUGGAAUUGUUGAAAAGAUUCAGAACAAAUGAAAAUGGCAGAAAAUGUGUACAUUUGUUUACAUGUCAGUAUCCUCCGUGCAGCCUAAGUAAUAAUGCUAACAUAAGCUAUACCAGAGAUAGAGACAGAUGUUUCCUAAGAACUGACCAACCAGUGUCAAACAGUCUCUCCUCUGCCUCUAAGUGUCAGAGGCAUAUGCAUGGUUUAUGUUUCACCCUGCAUUGUUAACCAAUUCCUCAACAAUACAAGAUAACGGUCAUGUCUGGCCUGGGGUAUUUGUUAUUCCAUUGCUUACUAGCAGAACUACUAGUAGUUGGCAAGCUGGAAAAUAUUGAUGUUCAGAAAUGAUAAAUAGUGUAUACAAUCAAUUCAGAUGAUUGCUUAGAGAAAUGUGCCAUUGUAGCGGUGAAUUACAAUGUAUAGCUAAUGCCCAAUAUAAGCAUAGCUUACACAAGCUUGUCAGCGUCUGUAGUAGAAUUCCUCGACUACCUGACUACAGGUAAUGUCAUUACCCAGUAAUGAAUUCUAAUUGAGCCGCCACAUCCCUGGAAAAAAUAAAACCUGGUAUGUUUGCA